AUGGCUUCCGAAAGCACCGCGGCCUUCUGGGCCAAGACCGACAAGUAUUUGAUGUCUACGGGCGUCCCAUACUCACCCAUCAUCAUCACCAAGGCCAAGGGAACCAAGUUGUACGACGCGGAGGGUCGCCAAAUUUUGGACUUCACGUCCGGCCAAAUGAGCUCGCUUUUGGGCCACUCCCACCCUGAAAUCGUUGAAGUCGUCCAGAAGUAUGUUGCUGAGCUGGACCACCUGCUCAGCAACAUGAUCACACAGCCGGUCGCUGAUCUCGCUGAGAGACUCGGCAAGCUUCUUCCUGCGCCUCUUGAAAAGUCCUUUUUCCUCAACACCGGAUCGGAGACAACGGAGGCCGCGAUCAAGAUGGCCAAGCUCCACACUGGCAAGUUCGAAAUCGUCGCCAUGUCCGCCAGCUACCACGGUCUCACAUCCGGCUCCGGCUCCGCAACCUACUCCGCCGGCCGCAAAAACGGCGGCCCCGCCAUGCCCGGCCAACUCGCCUUCCCCGCACCCUACGCCUACCGCUCCAUCUUCCGCAAGCCGGACGGGUCUUAUGAUUGGGAGACAGAGAUGGACUUUGGUUGGUCAAUGAUUGACAGGCAAAGCGUCGGAUCCUUGGCUGCGUUCAUCAUGGAGCCUAUUCUCUCCACCGGCGGCAUCCUCGACCUUCCCAAGGGCUACUUGAGGCGCCUGCGCGACGAGUGCCACAAGCGCGGGAUGCUUUUCAUUCUCGAUGAGGCGCAGACCGGCGUGGGACGUACGGGUCAGAUGUUUGCCUUUGAUCACGAUGACGCAGUCCCCGAUAUUCUCUGCCUGUCCAAGACUCUUGGUUGCGGUCUUCCCCUCGCGUCCGUCAGCACCACAGCGGACGUCGCGCAAGGGUGCAAGAACGCAAAUUUCCUGUGGCUUACGACCCAUCUCAACGAUCCUCUCACAGCUGCUGUCGGCAAUAAGGUUCUUGAGAUUGUCGUGCGCGACAACAUCUGCCAGAAGGCCACUGAACGCGGUGAGCAGCUCCGCGCGGGCCUGCUGAAGCUUCAGGAGAAGUACUGGUGCAUUGGAGAUGUCCGCGGUCGCGGUCUCUUGCAGGGUAUUGAGAUCAUCUCAGACGCGAAGACAAAGGCUCCUGGGUCGGAAUUGGGGCAGGCUGUCUCUGACAGAGCCAUGGAGCUGGGUCUGUCAUGCAACAUUGUCAACUUGCCUGGAAUGGGUGGCGUGUUCCGACUGGCACCCCCUGUGACUGUUUCACCAGAGGAUAUUGAUGAGGGACUGAGGAUAUUGGACGAAGCGUUUGAAUACGUUUUGAGCCAGCGUGCGUAA